GUAUCAGAAAGCGAGGCAACAUUCCGACUCGACCGCAGUACCGCGAGAACCGAACCACCGCGACUACCGACGACAGCCACGGCUGAUCGAAUACGUAAUUUUACUGAUAUGUAAACAAACUUUAACUCUUUUCUUUUUUCACUUAUUAUUCUUUGCUAAUUUUAUUUCUUUAAAUUAAUAAUAGCAGCGCUAACACACGAUAACUGAACAGCGAUAACAGACUACAACAACUGCCCGACGACACAGCUUUGGAUUAGCGAGGACAUCAUCAUCUCUGCCGAAGAAGUUUUACCCUUGCGAAAGCCUGAUGGGAAUUCGCCAGAACCCGUGGACGCCGACCAAACGUCGUGGACCCAUUGCUGCCGAGGCUGCCAGUCCAGGACCUGCUGUUGUGUCUCUGCCUACCCUUAUAGGUAAACCCCCGCAGGAGUCCCGGAAGUCCCGUGCUCCAGCUUUCACAUUCGGUCACAAACUUGAUCCUGUGGGCGCUACCACUAAGUCAGGACCAGGACCUGCUACCUACAAUACUGAAGGAAUGACUGCUAAAGCACCCAACGUGUAUUCCAUGCCGCCCGUUCUUGGUGAAGCCAAGGAAGGUGGUAAACGAGCAGCGCCCGCCUUCAGCAUCACAGGUCGAGCUAAAACCAUUGAAGGGAAGACACCUAUGCCUGGUCCCGGGACGUAUACUACAGACAAGGCAGCUAUUGUUCUGACGAAAAGACCUCCGGCAUACACCAUGGCUCCUAGAAGAGAGUUGAAACCACCGUCUGCAUCUGUGCCUGGCCCCGGUGUUUAUUGCCCUGAAAAGGUUGAUAUGAUACAACGCUCUAGUUCGCCGAAACACACUUUUUCAAGCAAACAAAAAAUUGUAAGGUCCGAAAACAUUCCAGCUCCAAAUGCUUAUAGUCCCGAAAAGGCAGAUAAAUUUUUGAGAGAAAAAUCACCCGCUUUUUCGUUCAGAACUAAAACUGAAUUUAUAAAAGUACACGACGCACCCGCACCCAAUAUUUAUUCUCCAGAAAAGGCUUUACAUUCAUUGAAGAAUGGACCUAAAUAUACGUUAGCAGGAAAGGGAGUUGCAGAAAAGCAUGAACUUACUCCAGCUCCUAAUUGCUACAACCCUCAAAAAGCAGAUAAAAUUUUACAUGAAAGUUCACCUGCUUACACCAUAAGAUCAAAAGAAGUAAUUGAUAAGAUUGAACACACACCUGCACCGAAUGUUUACGCUCCAGAAAAAUCUAUGCAUAUGUUAAACGGUGGACCAAAAUUUACGAUUUGCGGAAAAACAGAAAAAAAUAAAGUGUCCGAUACACCAGCACCUAAUAGUUAUAAUCCUCAAAAAGCUGACAAAGUUUUGCAUGAAAGUUCACCAGCUUAUAGUUUUAGAAUAAAGGAGCAAACAAUAAUUCGAAGUGAUUCACCAGCGCCUAAUGUAUACACUCCAGAAAAAUCCAUUCAUAUGCUAGAUAGUUCACCAAAAUUUAGUAUCAGUGGUAAAGGUCAUUCCGAUAAAAUACCAGACACUCCUGGUCCUACAGCUUAUUGCCCAGACAAAGCUGAUAAAAUAUUACACGAAUCAUCUCCAGCAUAUACAUUUAGAGUGAAAAAUGAAAUUACAAAAACAAACGACACUCCAGCACCAAACGUUUACGCUCCUGAAAGGUGUCUACAUACUUUGGAUAGUUCUCCAAAAUAUUCUAUGGCUGGAAAAGGACCUGAACCUAAAAUUGACAACAUUCCUGGUCCAAAUGUAUAUAGUCCAGACAAAGCUGAUAAAAUCCUUCAUGAAUCAUCACCUGCUUACACAUUUAGACCUAAAACGAUAAUAGAAAAACCAAGCGAUACCCCUGCACCUAAUGUUUAUGAUCCCCUUUUACAAGAUGGCACACCAAAGUAUAGUUUGUAUGGAAAAGGACUUGAACCAAAACCAUUGGAAACUCCUGGACCCAAUGCAUAUGAUCCUCAUUUAUUUGACGGUACUCCAAAAUUUAGUAUGUACGGAAAAGGUCCUGAUGCAAAACCUUCAGACACUCCAGGCCCAAACGCAUACGAUCCUCAUUUACUUGAUGGAACUCCAAAAUUUAGCAUGUGUGGCAAAGGUCCAGAUGCUAAGCCUUCAUUUACCCCUGGACCGAAUGCAUAUGAUCCUCAUUUACUUGACAGUACUCCAAAAUUUAGUAUGUAUGGUAAAGGUCCGGAAUCAAAACCUUCAGAUACUCCGGGACCCAAUGCUUAUAAUCCCCAUUUACUUGACGGUACUCCAAAAUUUAGUAUAUAUGGAAAAGGUCCUGAUGCAAAGCCUUCAGACACUCCAGGACCAAAUGCAUAUGAUCCUCAUUUACUUGAUGGUACUCCAAAAUAUAGCAUGUAUGGCAAAGGUCCUGAUGCAAAACCAUCAGAUACCCCUGGACCAAAUGCUUAUGAUCCACGUUUAAUAGAUUCUAGUCCUAAGAUCACAAUAUCAGGAAAACGUAAUACUGGAAAAGUAUCUGACGUACCAGCACCAAAUGCGUAUAAUCCACAACUUCCGGAUAAUACUCCAAAAUUCACCUUAGCAGGAAAAGGCCCAGAUGGAAAACUAUCAGACACUCCAGGGCCAAAUGUUUAUGAUCCUCAUCUUCCGUUCGAUUCUCCUAAAUUCACAAUGUCUGGAAAAGGGCCUGAUUCUAAAACAUCUGAUGUGCCUGCGCCAAAUGCAUACGAUCCUCAUAUUUUGGAUGGCACCCCUAAAUUUACAAUGUCUGGGAAAGGACAGCCUGCAAAAAUAAAUGAGACUCCAGCCCCGAAUGCCUACUGUCCAGAUAAGGCGGAUAAAGUACUUUUGGAAAGUUCUCCUGCUUAUACAUUUAGGUCUAAGCAUCCAUUAUAUCAACAACUGAAUACACCUGCUCCUAAUGCAUAUGACCCAUGUAAAUAUCAUUAUAUGUUAGAUGGAGUGCCAAAAUACAGUUUUGGCAUGAAAGGACCUGAAGAUAAACCAGUAAAUACUCCUGCUCCAAAUGCAUAUAAUCCUGAUAAGGCAGACCAAGUUAUAUUAGAAAAAUCACCAGCUUACACUUUAUCCCCAAAAGGAAAGGACAGCAAAACAAGUGAUACUCCAGCACCUAAUGUGUACAAUCCCGAAAAGGCUGACAAAAUCCUGUUGGAUAAUGCUCCACGAUAUUCGUUUAGAAUCAAAACUAAUUGUCGCAAGCCUGAUAACAACCCAGCACCCAACAGCUACAAUCCUGAUAAGGCUGAUAAAGUUUUAAUGCAUAAUGCACCACAAUAUACAUUUAGAAUUAAAACUGAUACAUUGAAAGUUUUAAACACUCCAGCUCCGAAUUCAUACACGCUCCCUACACCAGUAAAGACACCACUAUACACAAUUUCUGGAAGACAUAAGGAGCCAAUAGAUGAAAGAUUAAAAGUUCCUGCUCCUGGAACUUAUAAUCCGGAGAAAGGAUAUAAAUUUGUUUUAACAUAUUCCCCACAACAUACUUUUGGUAUAAAAAUACAUACUGACAAAUAUGCGGAAACGCCUGCGCCUAAUACAUACAGAAUUCCAUCGGUUCUGGAUACGCCAGUGUACACAAUUUCGGGUCGGCACAAAGUACCUGUCGAUGAUCGUGUACGUGUGCCAGCACCUGGCACCUAUUCCCCAGAAAAGGUACAAUUGAGUAAAACACCACAAAUUACAUUUGGAAUCAAACACUCUCCAUUAUUAGGUCAGUUGAAACCAAUGGAAUCGCAUAACGCAGUUGGGAAACAAGUGACCGCAAAAAUAACGUCACAAAACUUCUCUCAAACAACUCAAAAGAGUAAAGUUAGUCAAGUACAGAGUAAUAACGAAGUUGUAGAACAAAGAAACAUUGUAACUCAGAACGAAACUAAUGAUAUUAGAAACGAAUCGAAUAACUACGAUAUUCAGAAUGUACGCACACAUGUGACCCAUUUACGGGGAAAUGAUGUUCGGAGUUUAACUGUCACACCUGAGCCUAUACAAGAAGUAUUGGCUCAAGAGAUUGUUUGGGUACCAGAACAACCUCGCCGAGGUUCGUAUACUAUAGAUAGAUGUGAUGGAUUCACAGAAAGAUUCGAGAAUAACGAAGUGCUGCCCACUGAUAACGGAAUUAUCAAAACUGCAAUACAAGGCGAGCGUGGCGCUACAUACAAUGAAGCGAGUAACAGUGAAGUUGUUAAACGAAAUGGUUUCGAGCAAACUAUUGAUAAGAACGUAAAAAAUGCUUCCGCUCACGAGAAGACCCAAUCGGCGACCGAGGAAGUUCUAUCUGGAACUGAAGUACAGCAUCUUGCAAAUGGAGGUAUCUCUAAAACGACGACAACGACUACAAUUAGAAAAGUGGGGACAGCCGCAAAGACAGCCAAUGCAACAACUACAGUGACACGCACUGCAACGGCGGUAACAUCGCGUGAUGUCGGUGUAAAAUAAAAUCAGUGCUUAUAUUUCAUUGUAGGUACAUUGUCAUACAUUUGGCUUGGCUACGGUGAAACAGUUUAAAUGUACUAUUGCAUACUUACAUUUCGCUUCUGAACAAUUUAACGACGAAGCCGUUCUGUUCGGACCAUUUAAUUAAUCCUUUGUUUGAGCGCCUGCUUACGACUACAGUUUUAUAUUCCUACUAGGUUUUUACGAUUUGUCUCUCUAUGCUUGUUUAUAGAUCGACGUGAUAUCCAACAGUUAACUUUUUUGCAUAAGUACAUUAUUUAUUAUAUAUACUUUUCGUUAUCAAUGAUGUUUUCAACUAAUUUAUAAGAAAUAAUAUUUUUCUAUAACUUUAUUAAUGUUAUUUAAGUACUAAUUCAUGUGUUAAAUCAUUAAGAAAUAAAUAAUAAUAAACACAUUA